AAAAAUUAUUCUCCUGCUCCCUCCUGCCCUUGUCACAGUCCGCAACCGCAGCUCAUCUGGUGCUAUAGGACACUGACCGCAGUGUGAGGGCCAGAAGAAGACGACCUCUGCUAUAAAUUCAACCCUCACCCACCCUCAAGCCAGGAGGCGGGAAAACAAAAACCAGUACCGGAACUCGGAGAGCAGAGAGAGAUGAAGGAGAGAGGAAGAGGGGGUCAGCCUUCGGUGGACGAGAGGUACACUCAGUGGAAGUCUCUCGUCCCCGUUCUCUACGACUGGCUAGCCAACCACAACCUCGUCUGGCCUUCCCUCUCUUGCAGAUGGGGUCCACAACUGGAGCAAGCAACAUACAAGAAUCGCCAGCGUUUAUACCUUUCAGAACAGACUGAUGGCAGUGUUCCAAAUACACUUGUCAUUGCAAAUUGUGAAGUUGUUAAACCUAGAGUUGCAGCUGCAGAGCACAUAUCACAGUUCAAUGAAGAAGCGCGUUCUCCCUUUGUAAAGAAAUUCAAGACUAUCAUACAUCCCGGAGAGGUGAACAGAAUCAGGGAACUUCCACAGAAUAGUAAGAUUGUGGCUACACAUACUGACAGUCCUGAUGUUCUUAUUUGGGAUGUUGAGACCCAACCAAAUCGUCAUGCUGUCCUGGGAGCUGCAGAAUCUCGUCCUGAUUUGGUAUUGACUGGGCAUCAAGAUAAUGCUGAAUUUGCUCUUGCAAUGUGCCCCACUGAACCCUUUGUGCUCUCUGGAGGAAAGGACAAGACAGUAGUUUUGUGGAGCAUUCAUGAUCAUAUCUCAACUUUGGCAACAGAUUCAGUGUCCACAAAGUCUCCUGGUUCUGGUGGUGCCAACAUCAAACAUAUCUCUAAGGUUGGUGGGGGUAAUGAUAAACCUGCGGAUAGCCCUUCGAUUGGACCACGGGGUAUCUACCAAGGGCAUGAAGACACUGUUGAAGAUGUGCAAUUCUGUCCAUCCAGUGCACAGGAAUUUUGCAGCGUAGGCGACGAUUCUUGCCUUAUACUCUGGGAUGCAAGAGCUGGCUCUACCCCAGCUAUCAAGGUUGAGAAAGCUCAUAAUGCUGAUCUUCACUGUGUUGAUUGGAAUCCUCAAGACGUGAACCUCAUUUUGACUGGGUCGGCUGAUAAUUCUGUUUGCAUGUUUGACCGCCGUAACCUUACUUCUGGGGGAGUUGGGUCACCUAUUCAUAAAUUUGAGGGUCAUAGUGCUGCCGUACUAUGUGUACAGUGGUCUCCAGAUAAAGCAUCUAUAUUUGGAAGUGCUGCAGAAGAUGGCAUCUUAAACAUUUGGGAUCAUGAGAAGAUUGGCAAAAAGCAAGAGCGCCCUGGAGCAAAAUCGCCCAAUGCUCCUCCAGGCUUGUUCUUCCGACAUGCAGGUCACAGGGAUAAGGUGGUUGAUUUUCAUUGGAAUGCAGCUGAUCCAUGGACGAUUGUCAGUGUUUCUGAUGAUGGUGAAAGCACUGGUGGGGGUGGGACCUUACAGAUAUGGCGGAUGAUUGAUUUGAUUUACAGACCAGAAGAGGAGGUUCUGGCAGAGUUGGACAAGUUCAAAUCCCACAUACUAACGUGUUCUUCUUGAAAAAAUUAAAAAAAAAAGAAGAAAAAAACUUUACCAAACCAAUGGUAAGGCUAAUUGAUUUCCCAUUUACUACCGGCAAAUUGUUGGGUCAUUGAACAUUUAUUUGUAAUUAGCGCUUAGUUUUAUCUAGAUGUGUCACUCUUGUGUAGUGUGGAAGUGCUUCAAACACAUUGUGAGAGCUGGGCUACUGUGAGCUUAGUUGUGGCCUCCUUUAUUUUCUGUGUUAGGAAGAUUGCCUUGAUGAAUGUAUGGUUGCAGGGGACUGGCCAUACCUGAUCUUGCCAUGAUCUCAUUGAAAUUCAUGAACUUCAGCAGCCAGCUGAUGGUCCAACUAAAAUUUACCACAUGCUAUUAAUCUGCUGUUUUCUUUU